AUGCAACCGGGACGCAAAUCGUGUUGGAGGCAAUUGCAGGCGUCUUUUUUCAGACUGCUAUGUCUUAUCCCCACAGGAUUCCCCGUCCGGAGUGUGGACAUGCAGCGGGCCACCGACAACAUCACCAUCCGCCAGGGCGACACGGCGAUCAUAAGGUGUUACGUUGAUGACAAAGUGUCCAAGGUGGCCUGGCUCAAUCGAUCCAACAUCAUCUUUGCCGGCCAGGACAAAUGGUCCUUGGACCCCAGAGUGGAUCUGGUCACUAAAGGACAGCUGGAGUACAGCCUGCGCAUACAGAAGGUUGACGUCUACGAUGAGGGCUCAUACACCUGCUCCAUACAGACCAAGCAGCAGCCCAAGACUUCACAGGUCUACCUCAUCGUUCAAGUUCCUGCCAACAUCUACAAAGUAUCAGAGGACAUUAUCGUGAAUGAGGGCAGUAAUGUGACACUCAGUUGUUUGGCCAGUGGAAGACCAGACCCUGCAAUCAACUGGCGGCUGCUCAACCCUUCAGCAGAGCCGCUGGAUGGAGAAGAGUACCUGGACAUUAUAGGCAUCAUGCGAAACCAGGCGGGUCGUUACGAAUGCAAGGCCAGCAACGACGUGGCCACGCCGGAUGUCAAAUACGUCAAUGUGGUUGUGAACUAUCCGCCGACAAUAAAGAAAACCCAGAGCUCAGAGACUCAGGUGGGCCGCAUGGGGACGCUGCAGUGUGACGCCACCGCUGUGCCCACACCAGAGUUCGAAUGGUACAGGGACGAAAAAAGGCUGUCCAAUGCCCAGGGCAUCAAUAUCCAAAUCCUUGGCACCACCACGAUUCUCAUGCUUGCCAAUGUCACUGAAGAGGAUUAUGGGAACUAUACCUGUGUGGCCACAAACCGACUGGGCGUCCAGAAUGCCAGCCUUUUCCUCUAUAGACCUGGGACAGGUCGAGAUAUCAACGGCGCCACCUGCGUAUCUCGAUCACUGUGGCUCCUGCUGGCCUCCAUCGCCUGCCUUUUCUUCAAGUGUUAAUACCACUGUCCUCCUCCGCCUC